AUGCCUCCCAAAGGCCCUAACAUCACAUCCUACUUUGCGCCCACGGAAGGAAUUAAAACCAUGACGAAAGCCAAAGAAGCCGUGAAGAGUACGACUGACGAGCCGCAAAUGACCACUUCUUCAUCCCAAGAAAACAAGGGUAAAGGCAAGAGAACAUCAUCAAGAUCCCCAACCCCAAUACCCGGGAAGCGACAAGAUACAAAAUCCUCAGACACUACCACACCACCGCGCCAUCUCUCACACAAAGACCUUUCCUCACACCAGCUCUCCCCAUCACCUCUCUCAUCUGAAAUACCUAACAUCACCCUAACUCUCACCCACCACACCGGCAACAUCUUCGCUGCGCCACCACAAACUCUCUUAAUACACGCUUGCAACGUCCAAGGCGCCUGGGGUAGCGGAAUAGCCAAAGCCUUCAAAGACACUUACCCGAAAGCCUACACAAUAUACCACGCCUUUUGCACCAAAGAACACCUCUUGAAAUCUCGACCUGUACCUACUGGCAGCGCUCUCCUCAUCCCGCCUGUCGAUGCUGGGAAGGAACAUUGGAUUGGCUGCUUAUUCACCAGUGCAAAGUACGGGAAGGGCAAGGAUAAGCCAGAUGUUAUCGUCGGAAACACGAAGCCGGCUAUGGAGAUGUUGCUCGAGUUGGUGAGCAUGGCUGGUGGAAUUGAAGGGGUCAGGAUGUGUAAGAUCAAUAGUGGAAAGUUUGGAGUCGAGUGGGAGAGGACGAGGGGUGUGCUGGAAGAUAUUGUGAUUAGGGAGGGGUGGAUGGGGAGUGUUGAGGUUUGGAAUCCAGAGAUGAGUUAA